CUGGAAUUUCUAGCGGCGCACAGGGCGAAAACAGCGGCUGCGGAACUGCGUUUCAUGUGCUGUGGACUGCUCGCUGGUGGUACCUGCGAGGAGCAAUAGGCCGAAGAGGAGUGGAGUAAAGGGGGAUGCGAGGUCGGAUCGUACCGGCUGACGGAGCAAAGCCGAUCACAACAGUAGCGAGUCUUCGGUAGAGCAGUCUGCAUGGUCGCUCGGCCAUGGGCGCCCACUGGUCGCACCGCAGCCGCGCCGCUGCUCUGACGGGGGGCAGGCGCAAGGGAAGGGAAGGCGGCGGCGGCGGCGGCGACGAAGACGACGACUCCCUGGACGGCCACGACAGGCAGGCGGACAUCGCCCAGUUCCCCUACGUGGAGUUCACCGGGAGGGACAGCAUCACCUGCCCCACCUGCCAGGGCACCGGCCGCAUCCCCUCGGAGCAGGUGAACGAGCUGGUGGCCCUAAUCCCCUACACAGACCGGAGGCUGCAGCCACAGAGAACGAAGCUGUAUGUGGUUCUCUCUGUGGUGGGCUGCUUCCUGGUCUCCUGCCUGGUGGCAUUCUUCCUCUUCCCCCGCUCGGUGGUGGUGAGCGACGAUGGCAUCAAGGAAGUGACGGUGUACUUCGACCGUAACCACAGCAAGAUCCUGAUGAAGAUGAUGAGCACUCUCAACUUCAGCAAUUCCAACUUCUUCACGGUGUCGGUGGACGCCGUGAGCAGCCAGGUGCUGUACAUGAAGACGGUGAUCGGGACCCAGCAGAUGGACCACGUGCUGCAAAUUCAGCCCCUCAGCCAGAGACAGGUGAACUUUACUGUAAAUAUGGAGAUCAGUGGCAGUCUCUCAUACGUCUACACGUUCUGCACCAUGGAGAGCAUCAAAGUCCACAACAUCGUGGUGUUUGUGCAGACCUCGGUGAAAACCUCCUACAUGGCCCGCGCUGCGCAGAACACGCUGGAGGCCUACCGCUACAUCGACUGCGGCAGCAACUCCACGGUGCAGCGCAGACCCCCCCUGUCCGGGUAGCCCUCUCCUCCCGCUCCCCGCGCUCCACACCGCAGGUUCCCGGAUUUAUCUCUUUAUUUUCCAGAGGGCUGCUCUUCUAUUUUUUUUUUAACGGAGGCCAAACAGGAAGGGACACAAACCGAACGGGGAGAGACGCCGCGGGAGGCGAGCGCGGGCCGGGCCACGCGGCUGCGCGGACGGGCCCGAGCGCGGGUGUGGAGGGGCCGGGGGAGUGGUGGUGGUGGUGGUCUUGGUUUUUAUUGGCUGCUUUUGCGAGUGCAGAAGGGAGGAUAUUGCACGCGGCCGAAGCAGGGCGUCCGAGAGAGCAGAGAGGUUCUGCUGCCCGCGGCGCGGCGGCAGGGAGGGAUCAGGUCCAGUAGGAGGCUGCGGCCACGUGGUGUUAAUGCACCACAGCGUCUGAUCGCGACAGGAGGGCAGCCCGGUCCUGCCCUGGUGCCCCCUUGAUUGUAGCCAGUGAGUUCACCAGUCACACUGGACUGGGCAGCAGGCUGCCUGGGAUAGCCUCGGCUGUGGUGUGGGGGCGCCGGCCGACUGGUGGCUUUCAGCACCAAGCCAGUUAUUGGGCCUUGGCGUCUUCUAAAUUCCUAAUCUCGGUCUGAGCGGAGCACUUUAAACUUCACGGAUUACUUGGCACUUAUUUUUUUCAUUAUAAAAAAAAGACAUGAAUGGGUUCAGAAAUCCCACCAUCUAAGCACAGGUCUUGUAUUCCGUUCCAAGGAGGGCCCAGUGCCUUCAGGUUUGUGCGAAACCAAAACCCGGUUACAGAGUUGGUCUCAUUAUUUGCAGUAUCUGCAGAAUUGUGGCACUUCUCAUCGGGCUCAGACGCGGAGUGGAUGUCUCAUGUCAUUACCCGCUGAAGAGAUUAAGAAAAAUCCCAAUUUGGAAGAUAUUUAGCUUAAUCAAGUAUUUGGGUUGCAACCAAAAAUGUAAGAGAAGGCCCUCCUGGAGCUAGUGUUUUAGAUGACACUCUCAGUGCACGUUAAUAUGGGAUGAAAGCCCGCACGCAUGUCCCACUGUCCUGGAAUGAGCUCUGGAUGCAGAAACCCCGACCCACCUGUCUGCAGUGCAUCUCAUGUCUUUUAACAGAAGGCUGUGUCAGCUGCCAGGCAUAACGGAGCCUGAUCUAGGACUCGCAGACUUUUGUUUUUCAUUAUUUGAAUAGAUUUCUUUGCCAGUCAAAGACAAAAAAUAUAUUUAGUAGGAAUUGCCUGUUUAUAUUUAUCUUUAUCAGCUUCAUUUUUAUUUUCUUUCUAAUGGUGCUCAGGAAUUGAGGGUUUUGUUCCUGGUGUUAUAAUUUGGGGACUGCGAAAUGUUUGUUGUUUUUUAAAUUUGCUUUUCAGUGCUAAAGGUUUCAGGUUUGCACCUUCUAGAUGUGGAGGGAAAGGUAUUUUCCUGGCAGGAUUCGGUGUCUUUGCAAUAAAAGGGAAGAGGACAUUUAUUACUUAAUGCACCACUGAGGUGAUUUCAGAUUGGUAAAAAGAUCUGUGGCCUGUCUGCUUUAGAGCACAGAUGGCCCCUCAGGGGCUGCAUGUCUUCUGGUUUUAAUUCUGGAUGUUGCUAAUGUUAAUAAUGCAGAACUUUUCAAAUUUGCUAAUGGGAAAACAUCAGUAAAAUAAAACCAGAAGGACUGGACUUACCCUUCUCUCUGGUCUAGAGCUGCCAGGCAUUUACAGUGUCGCAGACUCAUCAGGAGCGAAAGGCACGGAGCCCAGUUACCUGUCAGGCCCUGUUGGGUGUCAGGUGGGCUCCUCUGCUUUUCUCUGUUCAGUUUAGAACUAAAAAAAGAGCCAUUUUGAUUAUUAGCACUACUGUUUGAAGCACUCAACUGCGGCUCUCGGUGAUAUUGAGGAAGGCCUGAGAUUUGACAGGCUGGGCCUGUGGCCCAACUCCUGCGGUCACUUGCGGACCGUUCUUGCUCCGUGGGCUGCCUGGGCUCACUGCCCAGCCACGUAACUGAACAAGCCCGGAGCGUACAGAUGGACUCGGGCAACUUUUCGCCUCCUGGAGGCGCAGGGCCCUGCCACAGCCCAGGCCCCAACAGCGACUCGCAGACAAAGGCAGCGCCAAGCUGUCAGGGUCCCAUGAGCCCUCUGUUACUACGCCAAGCCAGUUCUUUAGAUGAGUGGACGGAUUGAAUGGUCUUCUUCCCAGGCCUUCAGCCACUUGAGGUGAAGUUAAUCUCGUCUGCUUGUUAGGGUAUCAACAAGGAAAAAGAUGCUCUUGAGUGCUUUGUGAUGCUUUUGGGCACUGCAACUUCAGUUAGAAAUUUCUUUUAAAACUUCGUCGUGCCCAAUCGUCUGAGGGAAGGGAGAGGCUGAAGGUGGAGUACGAACCCCAGGACUGCGGUGAAACUCCUGGCGUUCUGCAGGAGGCACCUGCUGGGCUGCACGCUGUAAGAGGCUCGCUUUUCUUCCAGCCCUGGUAUUGAUCCCUGGGCAUAAACUACUGAGCUUAACGUUAAUUUGAGAAUGGGCAUUCAUUUCUUUCUUAACUUGAUAGGCUGUUUGCUGUAAGGGUUUGAAAGAAUUUGCUGCUAAAAGUUCAUGCUUGGAUGUUUAUAAGUUUGCUCUAAAUAAAGAGGAUUCUUUUCUGUC